UUCUACAUGUUUCACAUUUUCACAAGAUUCAUAAGCCGCCUUCAUCGGUACCUCGCAAUAAAUACGUGUGGUAUACUUCUUAGUCAUAAUUCAUAUCCCUCAUAUUAGAGAUGGAGCACAACCAAAUACUUUUCCUGGCUUUACCAAAAUCAUCAGAUUCAGCUUCUCCUAAUCUCUCAUCAAACCCAUCAAAUAUUUCUCAAGUGUUUCCUCGUUUUCACAUCGACAGCGCAGGCCUAAUGAAGAAUGAAGCAAAAAUUUAUCAGCAUUGUGGAACCUCUUAUGGUUCGGUGGGCAAGGUGAAACCCGGAAAUAAAGAAGGUGGCAAAGAGACCAAGAAGCACAAAUAUGCAUUUCAAACAAGGAGCCAGGUUGAUAUACUUGAUGAUGGGUACCGAUGGCGAAAAUACGGGCAAAAAACAGUUAAAAACAGUAAAUUUCCUAGAAGCUACUAUAGGUGCACGCAUCAAGGGUGCAAUGUCAAAAAGCAAGUCCAACGCCUUUCGAAAGAUGAAGAGAUUGUGGUGACGACAUAUGAAGGAAUCCAUUCACAUCCCACUGAUGAAACUUCCGCAGAAAACUUUGACCAGAUACUGAGACAUUUACAAACAUAUAAUGCCUAAUAAAGCAGGCAAUAUUGCCACCAUGUCACAUAGGGUUGGAGGGUCUUCCAAGGCAAAUGGUUUUUGAUGCUAUGCUGUGCAAAUUUGCUUGAUAUGCAAAAUACAAGUCAUGCACUCAGGCAACGACCUGCUAAUCAAAAUGGAAAGACAAAUCUUAUACGCUUGUCUUACAUGCAUCCUCUUUCGUAUGGUUUCUAGAAAAUUUUCUUUCCUCCUUGCUUUCAUGUUUCUACAUAUGCUUUUUAUUACUAUUAUAAGAUAAAUCUGCUGAGUCACUGCUUUGGAAAACUACCAUUUUCUGGAUUGUGAAUAUGAGUAAAUAUCUCUACACAUAUAUAGAUAGAUAACACUCCAACCACCACUAAAGGGUUCUCUGUUCUUCAAAAAGAUUAUCAAAACUUCACUCAUAAAAUUGAGAAGGAAAAAAAGAAAAAGAAAAGGAAGAUUGGUUCAUCAAGCUCCAUGGAGAAGAGGAUGAAGCAAAAAAGCAAUACCUAACCAAGAUGAAUGAGGCAUAUCAUGUUGGGACUAGAACCACCUCAUCUACAUUUGGAUAUCCAGCAAAACCUCUGAUAAAGAAAAUUGCAAAUACAAGUAAAGCAAUGGCAAGCCAAGGCAUGAUCAUAGCCAUGCACCUUCUUCCAUUACCACCUUCAUUUUUGUUAGCAACCCAUUUCUCUUCCACACUCACCAAUUUCUUUCUUGCCUCUAUCUCCACCUCUCUCUCCACAUCCUCAUCAGACAAAGAAGAAGAUGAAGAUGAAGAAGUUUUAGAACAACCCUGAAAGCAAACUGCAAUCUCUUUGCUCUUACCAGAGCCAUCAUCAUCAUCACCAUCAGAAUCAUCAAAAGACACUGAUCUCACCUCACUCCCUUGCGCCAAACCAUUCCCACCACACCAUAUCCCUUCUGUUCCUCCAAAACACAUCUCUGUUUCACAUUCCUCUGCCUCAAAAAGCCUCCUUCCCUUCAACUUACCACUCUCAAUGGCUGCCCUUCUCUCUCUCCUAAUCUCCUCCACCACCAAAUCAUUGGUCCUCACUCGCCAUUCUCCUUGUGAAGGUGACAGUCCGUGUUGAAGUGAAGACAUGAGGUGCCUUGGAGAAGUGUCCAGGAGCUGAUCAAGAUUUUUCACCAUGGUGAAACUUGAUGAGUUGGUUGAAUGCCUCCUCUUGGCUCUUGGGUUAGACUGUUUGUAUGAAUCCCAGUCUUGCUGCAAGUUCAUGAACUGCUUCAGCAGUUUGGUUACACUUUCUUUUUCUUCUUCUACUUGGUGAGUUUUCAUGGUAGGGCACUCUUUUCCCUUUUGGAUUUUCAUGGUAGGGCCCCUGUGAAAUUGUGAUUUGCUUGUUUU